UCUCAGUAAGCAAGCAUCCCGAAUCAUUCGAAGUUGUAUCGAUCAAGUGCAUCGCCAUGAUCCCGACGUUGAUCUGCGCUUUUCUAAUAAGAAGCAGCGAUGGCUUGACUUUGGGACCAGCGCGGGUAAACUUCGACUGCGAGUGUGGGAUUUCGAAUCCAGAGGUGUCCCCUCGAAUCAUCGGUGGAACUUUCGCAGUUUCCCACACUUAUCCAUGGAUGGCGUCCAUAAUCCGCGACGAAAGCUCCUUCUGCGGAGGGUCGUUGAUAAAUGACAGAUACGUCUUGACAGCAGGCCACUGCAUUCCCCGGCCGUCAGAGAAACGCCUCACGGUCGCGUUAGGAGCCCACGAUCUCCGGAAAUAUCAAGAGACUACCGUUAUAGAUGUCGAGAAAAUAAUUCUUCACAAGGAUUUCGACAGUGACGACUUACACGACAUAAACGACUUGGCCCUGCUGAAGCUGAGCAGACCGGUGAAAUUCGGCAAUAAAGUAAAAUCGAUUUGUUUGCCUUCAAAAGGAGUUGGUUACGAAGGAAAGGAAGCUACGGUUACUGGAUGGGGCCGAACAGUCAGAGACGUUUCUGGUAAUUCCACGUUCUUAAAACAAGCGACCUUGAAGAUAUUAUCUCUUCAGGAGUGUAGGGAUUCACCGCUUGGUUCACAUGUCACUUCGUCGAUGCUAUGUGCUUUUAAAAAUAACACCGACACCUGUCAGGGGGACAGUGGCGGUCCACUUGCUCUGAAAAGGGAAGACCAGAGAUACGAAUUAAUAGGAGUGACAUCCUGGGGCCUUGAAUGUGCCAGUGAAAUUCCAGGAGUUUAUGUGAAACUUGUGGACUACUUGAAUUGGGUGUAUUACAAUACUCAAGACGCAACUUACUGCAAAGAUAAAGACAACUAAGGCGAGCAAAAGUUAUGCAAAUAAUGUUUCGACGGUAACGACACAACAUUAAAAAGUAUCUAGGGAUAAAAUAAUUAUUUCCUAUUCAUAAACAUUUUGCAGUGUUCUGGACAUCAUCGUACCUGGCAAUUGUAGAAGUUCGAUAGAAUUUUAUUGGUGCUUAUAACUAGAAUUUGAUCAGAUUUAACUAUUUGACUGUUUUGAUAAUAUAAUCACUGGAAUUAAA